AUGAUCACCAACACCCAACUCGACGGCAUCGCUCUCGUUGUCGGCUCCGGCCGAGGCAUCGGCCAACAAGCCGCCUUCUCGCUCGCCGAAGCCGGCGCAAAAGUUGUCGUAUUCGCCGACAUCAACGAAGAAACGGCCAAAGAGUCCGCCGAGGAAAGCAAGAAAUACGCCUCGAACAAGGACUACACGGCCACGACGUUCACGGUGAAUGUGUCUGACCCGAAAGGCGUGCAGGAGAUGGUUGACUUCGUGGUUGAGAAAUUUGGUCGCUUGGAUUAUUGUGUUAAUGGGGCUGGGAUCGACAACGGCGUCCACGCGCCCAUCGCAGAAACCGACAUCGACAAUUUCGACCGCAUCAUGAAUAUCAACGCCAAGGGGAUGAUGCUCUGUGUCCGCGCGCAAUGCGCCGCCAUGCGCAAGCAGACCCCGCGACAGAUCCAGGGACGUAACGGUACGCGCGAUAUCGGCCGCGGCGCGAUUGUGAACAUCGCGUCUGCGAACUCCUUCGCUGGCCUGCCCAGGAAGGGGUCCUAUACUGUGUCGAAGCAUGCGGUUAUGGGGUUGACAAAGAUGGCUGGCCUCGAUCACGCCGCCGAAGGAAUCCGCUGCAACGCCGUCUGUCCGACCUGGGUCCGCACGCCCCUGCUAGACGUCGAACUGAAGAGUAACCCCGAAGUAGUGGGCAUGAUCUCGGCGAUUGUGCCGAUCAAGCGCGCCGCGGAGAGCGAUGAGGUGUCGGACACGAUUGCUUUCCUAGUGAGUCCGGCGGCGAGCUAUAUCAAUGGGGCGAGUAUUCUGAUUGAUGCGGCGGUGACGACGACGGUGAGGCUUUUCUGA